AUGGUUAAUGAUGAAUUAUCUUCGAAGCAAAAUGAUGAUGCAGCAGCAACGGAAAGAAAACCACAAUCAUCUUUCACGAGAAGAAUGCAGCAAAUGAACAUAUUAGACGGAUCCAUACGUCGACAAGCACGAAUGAUGGCUGGUACAGGAGUAGUUAAUAUGACUACAUGGUUAGCUACAUUGAAUAAACUUUUUGAUGAGCGACAGUAUUCACCAUCAGAACGCAUUAAUUUCACAUUACCGAUGUUAAAUAAGGAACAGACGACAUGGUACGAAGAAAACCAAGAUGAAAUUAAAGAUGAUUGGAAAUUCUUUUGUGAUCAUUUGGAGCAGACGGCGUUGAAACAACAAACCACCUGGUCAAACACUUCAUUACAUGAAACACCACCAUUAAACAAUAAUACCAUGAAUACACUUGAAGAAGUUAUUGAUAUGCAUUUUAAUAAAUACUCAGGUGAAGGUGAUGCAAAAGAAUGGUUACUGCAAACAAUGAACAAAUUUAAAACACAUGGUUUACGACGUGAAGAUCAAUUUGAAGCUAUACCUUUAUUACUUGAAGGAGAUGCUUAUGUAUGGUAUGCUGAAAACAGCGAAACAAUUUUCAAUUUUGAAGCAUUCAGCAAGUUAUUUCUCCGUCGAUUUAAAUUAACACCACCAUCACCAACUGGAACCGCCGACACCCUCACCCAAUUCUUUCUUGGUGAAAUCAAUACUGAAUAUCUUACACAUCGUCUGGAAUCCGAAGAAAAACGAGCCAACGAUCAAUUAUGGCUCUAUCAACAUUCAACACAAUGUUCGGCUGCUUUAGAAAUCUUCUUGGAGGAAAAUCCUAGUUAUUGGUGUUUUGUACCAACAAAAGUGGCUGCUCUGAGUUUGAGCAAUACACCUUCUCGAAAUUCACCAUCUCUUCGAACAAGCAAUGAAUCGUCAUUUACUUCAGUCGAUGAAUCUACACGAUUACGUGGCGAAGAAGAAAUUCGUUUUCUUCUGCGUAACAUACCAAAACCACCAUCAGGCUUCGUAUUCUCUGCUCAACAACGUCAACAACAAACACAAUUCUUUCAAUCAGCUAGAGAUCGUAUUGUACCGCGUGAUCUUCCCGAUCUUUACAAUGCAGAUAUUAUUGCCGUUUUACCAAGUCAUUCAUCUGAAUUAUUGUGUGCAUUGAUUGAAUCAUUAUUUAUCACACAUACGGAAUGCAAUUUAAAUCAAACGGGAGAUUUAGUAUAUGAACGAAAGAAUCCAAUUGAGGCUUCAACUAGUAUUUGGUGUGCUAAUCUUGCACGUCAUGUAUGGCCACAUUUUUAA